AUGCCACAUCUCCGCGUCCUCGCGCUCAAGUUUUUCCCUCUACAAGGAAAAGGCUUGGCGAGGCCCGCAGACGACGACAGUGUCAUCCGGAGCAGUCGGGAGACCGAACGCCCCCCGCUUUGGCCACCGGGAUACACCGGACCCUUCCCGUGGCCGGAACUCGAGCGUCUCGUCGUCUCCUGCCAAACGUGGACGACGAAGUCUACGAUCACCUCCCUCCAACGCUUCCACCUCUGGUGGUUCGUCCGGGGCCGGCCCGCCUGCUACGAACCGCCGGAUCUCCGUGCAUACCACACCGCAACCUUGACCCUCGGGAUCCUGCGACGCUGCGCGAUCCCCGAUCUGGACCAGCUAACAAUCGAGUACGUUGCGGACGAGGGCGAAGACCAGCUGCUCGCGUUCCUGGGGCAGGCGUUCCCGCGUCUCAGCACCCUCUCCGUUCUCCAGUAUGCGCGGAUACCAUACACCCAUUUUUCCCUUCUCCCGCGAUUAAACGGCGAGUUGCCGGCGCGACGGAUCGCAAGCGGCCUGGCCAACCUCGUUAACCUCCGGCGCUUGAAGAUAUACUUCGACUUCUACCGUUACCUGAGUGAUACGCAGACCAUAUUCGAGCGGGAGAUCGUGCGCCCGCAGAUUAACAUCUUAGCUCAAACGCUCAGCCCCUCAGUCAGCUCUAUAUCUGGCCUGGUGAUUGGACUGGGCUCAGAGUGGAUGUGGCAGACGUACGAGACACGAGACAGGCAGGUUCUACGAAGGGUACCUGUGCGUGGCCUUGAUGGGUUUUACGAUUUCAAAUUCUAG